AUGACCAUGUGCAAUCAUCCAUUCACCACUAAAACAAAUUUCAAAUUCACCAUUAAUAGUUUAAUAAAUCAAAAAUAUAUAUCCACCCAUCAAAUUCAUAAAAAAACCACAUAUCAUAUUGAAAAUCUACCAAAAAUUAAAUCACUUUUUUCGAAACACUAUGACACUACCAUCAAUAGAAUCAUCAACAUAACACAAGAAGAGUAUAUAACAACUGCCAUGCAGCAUAGUGUAAGAAAAACUUUUUAUAGUUCACAAAUUCAAAUAAUUUAUAUAAUUGUUUUUUGUCUUCGGUUUCAGUUACCAACAACACUGUGGAAAAACACACCUCAUAAACCACCAUACAUCAACAAAGAAUACACGUUCAACAAAUUUCUCAGAAAAACUAAAUUUAUCUCAUCUUUUUUAAACUCAUUGACAUUGACACUGAACAACACGACAACAGACAUACACACAGCAUACAAACAAAAUUUAAAAACUUACAAACAACAUUUAGACAUACUUCUAACAACACAUCAAGUACAAGACACAACAUUAACUUUUGAGGAACUACUUAAAAUAACAACAAACGAUCAACACGAAAUACCAACACAUAACACACAUAACACACACACACCAACUAAAAUCAGCCCGCUACGUACAUAUAUUAACGAAUAUUAUAUUUGA